GUUCUCUCUGUCCAUGAGAGCGACUCCCCGCAUGUUCUACAGCUUGGGCUGAGGCGGAAUCAUCACCAUGAUCCGGUGGGGAGGGAUCGCAAGCGAUGGAAGAGGCAGACGGUUGACGUUGGACUUUACGGUGACUCGGUUCGUUGGUCUUACUCGUUCAUGGCUUCCUCGGUCUUUGGUUGUUGUUCUAAUGACCUCUAGAUGGGCGGCGAUAUCUACUCGACGAAUCUCACGUUAGGAAAUCCCCCGCAGCGCGUUGAGGUUUCCGUCGACACGGGGAGUAGCGAUCUCUGGGUGGUUUACUCUGAUAAUGAAAUCUGUGGCAUCGAAGGUGCCCAGUGCGAUUCGUUCGGCACAUACGAUCCUCGCGAGUCCAAAAACGCGAAUACCCUAUCCGAUCGAUUUUCGAUUGAGUAUGGCGACUCGUCAUGGGCUGAGGGGUACUAUGCCAUAGACUCCUUGACCAUUGAAGAUGCGGAAGUCCCCGAGGCGCAGUUCGCUGUUGCGAUAGCGUCUGGAAUUGACAAGGGCAUCCUAGGUAUCGGGUAUCCCGUGAACGAAGUUGCGAGUACCAUGUAUCCCAACCUCCCGGAGCUCCUCGUGGAAAACAACAUCACCGCCUCUAGCGCAUACAGUCUCUGGCUCAACCGCCUCGGGGAAGACGAAGGCAACAUCCUGUUCGGCGGAGUCAACACAGCGCACUACACCGGCUCUCUCCAAACCGUCCCCGUGGUCCCCUACAGCAAGCAAUACGUCCAUCUCUGGAUCACCAUGACCGAGCUCUCCGUCGCCUCAGAAAAGGACUCCAUCGACCACCAUUUCCAAAGCGACAGUCUCCCCCUCGCCGUCCUCAUCGACUCCGGCUCAACCCUCACCUACCUCCCCGCCCCGCUCGUCAAAUCCAUCUACUCCGCCCUAGACGUCCACUUCUACGAGGAGGCCCAACUCGGCUACGUCCCCUGCAACACCUACCUAACCGAACGCGAAGACUACAACCUCACCUUCUCCUUCAGCGGCGCCACCGUCUCCAUCCCGCUCUCCGAACUCGUCCUCCAAGACUCCCUACAGUACGCAGACGACAUCCUCCACAUCAACGGCGAACAAAGCUGCACCUUCGGCAUCCUCCCCUCAGCAGACUUCUUCCCGAUCCUAGGAGACACCUUCCUCCGCAGCGCAUACGUCGUCUUCGAUCUAGACAAUAACGAAGUUUCACUCGCACAGGCAAAAUAUGACCCUGGCGAGGACAAGAUUCUUGAAAUCGGCCAAGGCGACGACGCGGUCCCGCAUGCCACGGCUGUGGAAAACCCCGUUACUACUGCCUCUGUCACGACGGGGGGAGUCUCGCUCGUCCUUCCGACUGGGUUUACCAAUUCUCCGGUUUUUCCGAGUCGGACGGCUAGUGUUGUGCCGUCUACGACGGCGGCUGUGGAUGCGACUAAUCCGGAUUCUGGUGGUGAUGAUAAUAGUGAUGACGACGCGCCUGGAAAUGCAGCGGUGGUGGGCCGGGGUGUGAGUCCGUUGCUGGGUGCGGGGAUUGUGGGGGUGGGUCUCUUAUUAGCAUUGUAGUUUUUAAUAUCAUAGACAAAUUGCGUUCUCUAAUUAUGAAAAUAUGGAAGAUUCUAA